GAAUCUGACGAAGAAAGUAAAUGGGCGCGGGAGAACAGGAAGUUUGCGAAGAUGAAGCAGUCGACUCGUAGAAUUUAUGACCCUGAGUCCAGUACGUCAAAAAAGGAAAAGAAAAGCAAUAGUCCUAAGGAUUCCCCGAAGAAAAGACCAAGCAAUGCUCAACAAAUCGUCAUUUACAGUCCAGAGCAGUGUCAGGUGUCUCAAAAGAAGAUAAGGAUCACCAUGGAGAUGCUGGCUGAGAAGAUUGGCUGGGAAAUGGCCAAAGAGAUGAAGAAUGAUUUCUACCUCAGGCACAGAAUUUCAACUUCGUCCACAUUGAUUUUUGACACAGCUAAAAGAAGAUUUACUGAGAUCUUCAACACUAAAUCCUCUGCUAGCCCCAAAAAGUCGCCAGAAAAGCUAAAGGAACCGAAGGACAUGCCCCCGCAGCGUGACAUCGUGAUCUACAAACCUCCACCGGAUCGGGCAAAAUCUCACAGAAAAAUCAGGAUAACCCUGGAAAUGCUGAAAAGUAAAUUAGAUCCAGACAUUGUGGAGAGUUUGCGAGACAGUCCAGUGCUCAGAUUUCCAUUUCCCGAAGGCUCAAAGCUCCUUUUCAGUCGCCACAGGAAAGUGCUUUAUGAGGAAUUUUAAACAUAAUUUUCAUUCAAACGCUGCCAUUCUGAAUUUCAAGUAACUUUCGACACACCAUGCUCCAGCAGACACUCAGACCACAGUCUCGUUGAAUUCACAUCCUGGGGGCCUGAAAAAUCGUCACUGCAUUUACCGGAGCAGUCCUGAAUUUGAUCUGAUGCUAUUUUGUACUGUAUUCUAGCGUAGUUAAUAAAUUUUUGUUAAUUCAGAGCAUA